AUGGAUACUCAUCUGACGCUGGAACAACUAACAGUACGGCAACCAGGAGGGUUCAUGGCCGAUGCUCGAGCUUGGGAUACUCUAGAAGUUUAUGAUAAUGGUGGAUCUGAGGCCUCGAGUGUGCUACCAGUAGCAUCGGCCUCGAGGUUGGUCACUAUGGACUCAUGCGAACUAGCCAAGAUCAUACCGAUGGAAUCACUGCUGGACUCCAAAAGAACACCCAAGAUGAAGGAGUAUAAUGGAACAACUGACCCUAUCAACCAUCUCAAUAUGUAUACGGACGUCAUGAAUCUAAAUAUGGCACCAGAUCCCGUAAUCUGCAAAGCUUUUUUGCAAACAAUGACCAAUGCUGCUAGGGAUUGGUUUUCUACCCUAGAGCCCAAUUCCAUUGCUUCAUUCUCUGACUUGGCCGACAAGUUUUCCACUUUUUUUGCUAGCAGCAAACGUAUCAAGAACUAUCGUAUCUCUCAUGCAGCUUAG